AUGUCAAAUCAAAACCCAUACUCGCCUCCCCAUGCAAGCCUAGGUCCGGACUUAGACUUUGCUAAAUGCGACUCGGACUGCUCGGACUCAUACUCGGACCCAGACAUCUACCCAGAUCUAGACACGGAUCCAGAUACGGAAUCAGAUGCAGAGUCAGAUGCAGAGUCGGAUGCAGAGUUAGAUGCAGGAUUAGACGUGGAAUUGGACUCCGAAGCUGAGGAAAUACUGAAAGACAUUGCUGAGUUAGGGGAGGACGGACCCGCGAAACCGAACCAUACUCCUUAUACCCAGAAACUAUGGAAGAGGGAAGGCGAAUUCUGGGAGAGGUACUGCCUAAAGAUUCAAAAAACAACCAAAAAAAACCCAGAGAACCAGCUGCGUGAAUGCGAUCCAAAGGUGUUUAAAGCAUAUCUCCGCUGGCGGAAGAAACAUUUUCGAAUUAAGAAGGAGAGCUCAAUGCGGACCUAUUGGAAACGAAUUAGCAUGUGCUAUAUGGACCUUACAAGCCAUAAGAUGAACGGUGAUGUCCUUACUGAUGUUUGCAAUUGGAUCCCAAGCCUUAAGCUUGACAAAUCGGAAAAGGAAAAGCACGCUAUGUUCGUCCAGGACCUUUACGCCAUUCUCCACGCCCUCUGGGUAGACGAUACCAAACCUCUUCACGGCUUUAUUCGAGUCCAGAUUUCACUUCUUCUUCUCCUUAGCGCAGCAACAGCUACAAGACCAGGAGCACUUGUCGAAAGCGCAAGCAACAGAGGUAGUAACAUGGCGCUAUCGUUUAAAGACAUCAAAAUUAUGGUAGUACGCAGUCUUGAAGACCCUACCAAGACUACAAUCGCUGCGAAUGUGAACCUUGAGCACGUUAAGAACAAGGAGAAAGAUGGGAAACCGAAGAAAUACACGUUCCACCUUGAAGGACUUCCUGCGUUCUGUAUUGUUUCACACAUCUUGUCUAUUGGCGUUAGCCAAAACGCGUUCCGGAAUAAGUUUAAGAGCGUUCAAGAGAUCUUUAACCUAGUUAUACCGGCCCACCGCGACGUGCUUUAUGUUGAUUGGGACCAUGAAGUAUUGAAUCGGCCCUUCUUCUGCGACGCCAAGCAUACGACUGGAGGUGUUGAAAUCUUAAAAGAUAAGGCGUUCCCAUAUGCAAAGUAUCGGGACAUAUUUGUGCGAUUAGGGCGUGUUGCAGGCUUUAAAGUAGCAUUAGAGCUAUAUCAGCUACGACGAGCUUCAGGCAGGAACAUUGAUCGCAACAUGACUGAGGCAGAGCGGAACCAAAAUAUGGGCCAUCUUGGCAGUACAUAUGAAAAGUACUAUACUCCGACGCACAUUGCACGCGAUUUUCAGGCCAUCUAUUUUGGAAGUCCUUCUGAAGAUCUCCUUAUUGAAUCCGUCGCGAGGAUGGGUCUAUCGCGGGAUCGACGCGCACCGGCGGACCUUAACGACAGCCAGCUAGAAGAGGUCCAGAACAAUCCUAAGCUUGUAGCGCUUCGUAACGAACGUACAGGAUACGCAAAAGAGCUUCAUUCUCAAGGGUACUAUCCUAUUAUAAAAGGCAAAGGAACCGAACUGUACAAGCAGUAUAAGGACUGUAAAAAAUGGAUUGCUAAAACAUACAAUGCUUUAAGGCGAAAACGAGUGGAUAAAGCCAUUCGCGAUUUCCACGACUCGGUCGACACGAUCGAGAUAGCUAGGCAGCUAAGCGGGAAGCCGGCGACUGAGGUUCUAACCCUCCCGGUCGCUGACUUCGAAAUUCGAGAGCGGGCCACCGUUGCUAGCAUGCUCUUUAAGCCGUUCGAAACCCAUAAUGCUCGCAUCAACUUUAUCUCCGCCAUGGCUAGGCUUUGUCGUCGACAAGAAACUCGUCAGCCCAAAGCUUCAAAAAGAAACAAGCCGAAUUCUUUUGUCUUCGAAAUCGUCGAGCCAUCCGUUAAGAGCAAGCGACAGAAGGCCCUGAAUAAUGGCCAGGAUAGAGGCCCGAUUCUUGGUUGCUUUGACUCGCGAAUAAGUCAAGCUUACGAGAAAGAAGAAUGCGCAUUUGCGGCUGACGAAGAUGAGGCUGGCCAGCGCCCAUUUCCCAUGGAGCUUCCCUACCCAGUGUGCCUCAUUUGUAUAGGCGACACCGAGCUCCUGUACGGACAACGGAUGCGCUGCAGACGGCGAAAAGAUGUCCUUAACAAGCAUGUGGACACCCACUUCAAGGAGCCCGAGUAUCAGAAAGACUUUGAAUGUGAGCAUCCCAGAUGUUCUGCGGAACUUAGUGGCGAAAAGCAUUUCAAAAGGCAUGCACAUGAUGUACAUAAAGUGUCUCACUAAUACCUGCUGGCUCUCAACCUAUUACUUUACGCAAUCACGU